AGACCGCUAACCCGUUUUGCCCAUUUCGCCGGUCCCAAAAAAAACUUAGCUCCAUAAAUUCACUGCCUUUUCAUUCUCCAGUUCCACUACUACUACUACCGCUACAAUUUAAUGUUUAACUCUCCUCCCACCGCUGCAGAUCCAGAGCUUCCACUGCAGAGAUGAAGGUGGUGGCUGCAUAUUUACUGGCCGUGUUGGGAGGCAACACCUCCCCCUCCGCUGAGCAUAUCAAAGAUAUCCUCAUUUCUGUUGGAGCUGAUACUGAUGAUGAUAGGAUUAAAUUUCUUCUUUCUGAAGUUGAUGGUAAGGAUAUAACAGAACUUAUUGCUGCUGGUCGGGAGCAGUCGGCAUCAGUGCCUUCCGGCGGUGGUAUUGCCGCUGCUGCACCUGGUAGCGGUGGUGGUGCUGCCGCUGCUCCUGCUGCAGCUGAGGCAAAGAAGGAAGAAAAGAUGGAGGAGAAAGAGGAGUCAGAUGAGGACAUGGGCUUCAGUCUGUUCGAUUAAAGAGUUGAUUUAGUUAUAUCACCAUAAGGAUCCCUUUCUUCCUGAUUGAGAGCUUUUAACUGGGCAUUUAAUCGUCUUUUACAUUGGUAUAAUCCUUGAAUCAUAUGUUAUGAUAGAUGAGAUUUUUUUAUGAAUUUCCUAUAAUUAAAUGGAUUUGGUCGGUGAA